UGCUGGUAUUUUUUCCAAGACCUGCUCGGAGCAGAACGUCAGCGUUCAGCGUUGACUGCGACUGAGUUGUGAAGAGUAUAAAAGCCAGGGGUAGCAAGGAUAAGAAAUCAUUCUCAAACCAGACAUACUACAGUAAACAACUACAGCUCAAAAACUCAAAAUGUGCGUAGAAAUCUCUCAUCCUGUAAACCAGAAAAUGCGAAUCACCACCACCUCUAACAAGAAGAUGGCUUCGUACAGCAUUAAGAAAUUGUUGAAGCAGCUCUUCAAACAACAACACAAAUCCCAGAAAUUGGCCGAGUUGCAAAAUAUUCAAAAUGCCCAGAAAGCCGAGUCUUUGGAAUCCCUUGAGUCCUUGGAGAAUAAUCGCAAUGCCAAUAUUGAAUUUGAAGCCGCCUCCAUGGAAGCCCAUGAAAAUGACAUCAAUGAACGUUUGUCGGCCAAACAGCAAUCCUAUGAAAUGGAAGAUUAUGACUUGAGUGAAAUCAACACCAUUGUUCCGGUUCACUUCAUACGCACCGACCAGGGUACUUUCUUCUGGACUGCCAGCUCUCAAAUUGCCUCCGACAAUGAUUUGAUUGAGCCCUUGAGCUGUGCCACCUACAAUCAGUUGCCCUGCAUGCAGGAUCGUUGGGCUCAAGCCUAAUGUCAUUGCUCAUCCGAUGUUCCUGCCUUCUCAAAUACACAGUGCCUUGAAAUCCAGG